GUAAGGUGUCGCCGUCAAACAUGGCAGCUGCCUUGUCCUCCUUUCCUCGCGAAUGACAUGAACGUUGAUGUGAAUGAUCAAGUCAUGCGUUUGUUACGUGAGUUAAGAGUCUUGACACCGUGAAUUAAGUUUUGUUUGUUUGUUUGUUUGUUUGUUUUUUCCUGCAGGGCAAUCGGGCGAGCUCGACUGUGGACACUUCCUUGCAGGUGUAAGCGUUCUUUAGUGGUUCGCUGCGAGUCUUGACAUUAGCCAGCGAGCACUCAGUCCAUGGUUGGUCUAAAUGUGAGUGAGCAUUCCAAGGUGUACCCUGGCCCUCGCCCACCCGAAUGAGGACAUAGGAAAUGGAUAAGAAUGGAAUCAUCCUCAGUGCUGGCUGUCUGUCCACCAUGCAGGUGAUCCGGUCCUGCCAUGCUGCUGUCCGCGCUCCUGCGCCAGGCGCCGCGCCAGGCGCCGCGCCCCCGCCUCGGGCCCUCGCCCCCACCGAGGGGUCUCGCCUGCGACGCCGGGAGGCCGCUGCGCGUGCUGUGGCCCCAAAUCCCAGCCGCGCGCCCCUACGUCCAGAGCCGCGGCGUCAAGAGCAGAAAGCGUCCGAGCUUCGAGGAGCAGCGCAAGACUCGCAACAAGACGGUGCUGACGUACGUGGCGGCCGCAGGCGUGGCCAUGGUCGGCCUGUCCUACGCCGCCGUGCCACUCUACAGGCUCUACUGCCAGGCGACGGGGCUCGGCGGCUCGGCGGUGGCCGGUCACGACUCGGACCUGGUGGCCACCAUGGAGCCGGUGAAGGAGCGCGUCAUCAAAGUCACCUUCAACGCCGACACGCAUGCCAGCAUGCGGUGGAACUUCAGACCUCAGCAGACGGAGAUCUUUGUGGUCCCGGGGGAGACUGCGCUGGCCUUCUACAGGGCCAAGAACCCCACUGACAAGCCCAUCAUCGGCAUCUCCACCUACAACGUGGUGCCCUUCGACGCCGGCCAGUACUUCAACAAGAUCCAGUGCUUCUGCUUCGAGGAGCAGCGUCUGAACCCUCACGAGGAGGUGGACAUGCCCGUCUUCUUCUACAUCGACCCCGAGUUUGACGCCGACCCCAGGAUGGCCCGCGUGGACACCAUCACGCUGUCCUACACCUUCUUCGAGGCCAAGGAGGGACAGCGUCCGCCGCUGCCGGGCUACGGCUACAGCUGAGCGCCGCCGGCCGGACUUUGGACUCCAAGCGGAUGUCGGAAACCAAUUUGCCGUCGCGAGAAGAGGAACUCGUCGGACGUUGGACUUAGCCUGUCCGUCCGUCCGUCCACGUGUCUUUUGUGAAGACCCCCCCCCACAUCAAUAAAUGAUGAGCGAUUGGA